CUUUACCCGUUGGUGCGUAUACAAUCUAUGAACUGGUAGUGGGGGAAAUCAGCUGUGCAGGUACGCGAGAAUAUCCCCGCUCCACCGCGCGGUAGUCGUUUGGUGGCCAACGCGUUGUAAAUACGUGCGUGCGUCGCGGGUGCAAGUAGCGCCAUUCGAUAGUCGCCGGAAGGUGAUUCGAUUUUGCGAACUAAUCCACGCCAAGCGGAACGGAGUUUCAGUCUGUCAUUCCGCGCCGAGAAAUGGAAGACGACGAGACGCUUUCGUUCGGUGAAAACGUGAGCACGUUGCCGACCUACGAAAAGGUUGUCGUCGCGUGCGCAUACGCGGUGACAGGUGUGCGGGUAGGAGCAUUUUAAAAAAAUCCUCUGGUUAUGUCAACGGACGCGACAUCGUCCUAUUACGAUCGUCUUCGGAUUGAAAACGAGAACACGCCGAGGGAGAGAUCUAUCGUUUAUUUAUCAUCAUCAUUAUCAACAUCAUUAUCAUAAGAAGCUCCCUACGACUGUUCUCCGUCAAGGGCAAUUACAUCGAGUGUUGUUUAUUUUUCUCUUUUCUUAUUCCUUUAUGUACCCUGUCCUUUCUUUUUUCCUUUCUUUCUUUUUUCCCGUGACAGUGUCACGGGAUUCGUAACAAAAUACCUGUUCUCUGUCUCCUCCUUGAAGCUAUCUUAGUGGCAAGAGAAGAAGAAAUAUGUGGUGCCUCGUAAGCCAGGCUAAUUCCGUCAUCCUCGAGGUUCAGGUCGAUCCCAAAGCCAUCGGACAGGAAUGUCUCGAAAAGGCAUGCGAUUAUUUGGGAAUCAGCAAAGAAUGCGACUAUUUCGGAUUAAAGUAUCAGAACGCAAAGGGCGAAGAACUCUGGUUGAAUUUGAGAAAUCCUAUAGAGAGGCAGACCGGUGGAGGCGUGGUGCCUUUAAGAUUCGCUCUCAGGGUUAAGUUUUGGGUGCCACCUCACCUGUUGCUACAAGAAGCUACCAGGCAUCAAUUUUACUUACACUCCCGUCUCGAAUUGGUUGAAGGGAGAUUGAAGGUUCCUGAUUGGGUAUCGAUAGCUCGUUUGAUGGCUUUAAUAGCACAGGCAGACGGUGGCGAUUACGAUGCCUUGUCACCACCGCACGCCCUUUAUUCGCAAUGCUGUCAGAUACAACCAACCGAGCCCUGCGAGCCUAAGCCUCAAGAUCUCUUGCAUCGGAUAGUACAACAGCAUAAGGAGAUCAAGGGUAUGAAAACUUCAACAGCGGAAUAUUGGCUUCUAAAGGAGAUAUCGAAUUUGGAUACUUUCGGUCAAGAAAUGUUUCAUAGCAAAUUUGGAUAUAAUGGAAUUUCAACGAUCGGUGUUGGACCUCACGGUAUUACAGUAUAUCGUGGUCAGGAUGAGGAAACCCAAAACAUACCAUAUACGGCAAUUCAAAGUGCCACUUCUCAACGUCGGAUGUUCCAUUUGGUUUAUCUUUCGCUCGACGGCGAAGAGACCUCGUUGGAUUUCAAAUUAGACUCAAGCCAAUCGGCCAGCGGUCUUUACAGGGCGAUCACCGAGAAACACGCGUUUUAUAGCUGUGAGACAGUAAGAAGCGCGGUCACUGCUCAAUUCAUUCGCGACUUGAAGGGAACGAUAAUCUCUAUUUUCAACGAGGACUCAACGCUCGGCAAGAAGUACGUUUUCGACAUACGAAGAACUUGCAGGGAGGUUUACGAUAAUGCUCGACGUGCUCUCUAUUGCGAGUCCGCGAGUAUAACACCACCGGAGGAAAAAGAGAUUUUGGAAAGGCACGAUUGUGCCGAUUGUGAGAACCCAAAAUGCAAGGAAUCUCGGGAGUGCCUGGCAAGGUUGUUGGAUGCCAUGCUCUGUCGGAUUUGCAUGGAUCGUAGCUUGGACACCGCGCUUUUCCCAUGCGGACACGCAGUAGCCUGUUUGGAUUGUGCUCGACGAUGCGAACGUUGUCCGCUUUGCAGAGCGGAUAUCGAUCACUGUCGAACGAUCUAUCUCCCGAUAGAGUUAACGCAUAUCGAUAGACACAGUCCGAAGUUACUAUCAGAAACGAUCGAGCCCGUGUUCUCCGUUAAAUCCUCCUCGGAUGAGAUCAAAGGGAGGAUCGUAGAAAACGAGAUGAACGGGAAUCACGUCUGAGGGAGAUCUACCAAAGUGAAAUUCAAGCGAAUAGGAGAAGGGGGUCAUCUUUCAACGAUAAACCGAUAGGAAGAUCUUGUUGGAUGUUCAUGAUCGAUCGUUGUCUUUCGUUGGUUUUCAAAAAAAAAAUAAAAAAAAAAAAAAAAAAAAAAAAAAAAAAAGAAAAAAAAGGAAAGAAAAAAAAACGGAAAAUUCUACGUCCAGUCUGUCUACGACAUUUCUUUUUUUUUUUUUUUUAUCUCGCAUUUUGAAAAUUUAGCGGAAAAUGGAAUUGGUAGGCUUAUACGGUUAGGAUAUACAUAAUUCUUCUCCUUAUUGAGAAUUAAGUUAAGAGUUAUUUUUUUGAUUUUAUAUAAGUUUUAAGAAAGUAUAAAAUAAGGAACAAAGACGAUUAUAAAAUGUAUUUUGUUUCUCUCUUUCUUUCUAAGAAAUGAUAUAUUGUUAAUAUCGAUAUCACAGCGAACAGACUGGAUUACAUUAUAAGAGCAUAUUUGAUUAAACGUUUGAGAGUACUGUGAUUCAAAUCAAUAUCGCUAAUAAUAUCUUUUAUUUCUUUAUUAUUCCAAGAUAACUACCAUUGAUAUAAAAUGUAUUUAUGUGCAUUCGUGAUGAUGUAACCCAUUUGUUGAGUGAUCGAAAAGUGCUAUUAGCAGCAUUGAUCUAUUGGAAAACCCAUGCUGCCAAUAUUUUUAAUGAAUUAUCAGUGUAAAAAAAAAUUAAUUUUAAUUUCUAUUUAUCAAACCAAUUACUCUUUUUAUUUUAUGAUUAUCUUGAAAAUUUUUUUCUGCCAGGUCCUAUGCAUUAAAAUUAUAUACAUUUUGAGUUUCCUUUCUCUCUUUUUUUUUUUUUUUUUUUUUUUUUUCUUUUUAUUAUUUUAUUAUUAAAUGACACUGAUUCGAACGUAGUACAAGGGUAAGAGAGCCUGAAGUUUUAUUAUUUUCAUUGAACUUUCAUAUUCUUAAAAAUAAAAAUAAAGCAUAUAUAUAUAUAUAUACAAUAUAGACUGUUAAAGUAAUCUAUGGAAUCAAUCGUAGAGAGGAUGUUUCAUUAGGAUAAGAUUUCAAUUGUAAUUGACUUAUGAGUUUAGGGAACUUCCGAUUUGGCAAAAUGAAAUAUCAAUAAAAAAAGAAAAAAAAAAGAAAAAAAAAAUAAAUAAAUAAAUAUAUAUAUUUUCUUAAAGAUAAAUUAAAAAUACAUUUUACUUUGUAUCAAGCGGCAAAUUACUGAAAUUUAAUCUUUAUCUCUUCAAAUGUUUGAACGCCUAUGCGCAUACGAGAGAUAAUAUAUUUGCUUAUGACUUAUCGCUCUACAAAUUUCAUAAUUUAUUCGUUCUUGGAACAUCCUGUACGAAGAGAAAUUCAUAUUACAGUAAUAUAUCUGUUUAUAUGUACAUAAAAAAUAUGAUAACACCUAUUGAGGGUCAAGCGAGUAAAUGUCACAAGUUCGCUAAAAGUCAAAUCUGAUUCAGCAAACUCUGUGUACAUACCAUCUUUUAAAUAAGUCGUAAUAAAAACGAGACAAGUUAAUUGCAGUGCUUUGCAUCCAAAAGAUAAUUUACGAAGUAACAAGUCAGCGACAUUUAAUCUCUGAGAGAGUAUAAAAGAAGGAUAUUUCUCAAUCAAAAAGCAUAGUUAUGGCGUCUCGGAAAUCCAACCAAUAAUAAUAAUAAGAAGAAUAAGAAUAAUGAUAAUAAUAAUAAUAAUAAUAAUAAUAAUAAUAAUAAUAAUAAUAAUAAUAAUAAUAAUAAUAAUAACAAAUGAUGAUAAUCUAAUAAUAUUAAUAAAAAAUGAUAAUUGUAGUUUUCUAAAAGACGCCGUCUUCCUCUUUUAUCUUCGAUCAGUAGCGGUCCUGUUGUUACCAUUACUGGAAAUUAUUGUUAAAUUAAUUCUACUAUCUCAUAGCACAUUCUAUAAAUCUUAUGCGUGGGUGAUGGUCGAAAGAAUGACCGAGAGAAAGAGAGAGAGAAAGAGAGAGAGAGAGAAAGAAAGAGUGAAAAAUGUGUCAAUCGUUUAUAGUCAUUCAUCAAUGCAAACAGACUUAGUUUAUAAAUAUUUAUAAUGAAAUGUAAUAAUAAAUAGACGAACCUCGGAACUGCUAUAUUUACAAAGUCUUAAGCGUUUUUGCUUGAGAUUUUGCACAGUCUUCUUUUUUUUUUUUUUUUGAUAAUUUAGAAACUCGUGUUACUAUCAAAAUUUCUAUAAUGUUCUUAUAACGUUCAACAUACAUCAAUAUAACAAUAAGGCUACACUAUUUCUGUGAAAAUGAAAUGUAACAUGGUUCGUCGAGUGAUGCACAUUCUUUUAGACAUAAGUCAGAUAUAAAUGUUUAUGAGGAUGUUGAGUUUAGAACAUAUAGGAAACAUGGAACAGUACUAUAUCAGAUCUUCGCGUUACGAUAAAGAAAAUUACAAAUAUUCCCAGAAGAUUUUGUAACUUUGCUAUCUUAACGAUUAACCGAUGUACAUGUAAUACUGUAAUCAUUUUUCAAUAUCCUUUACCCCAUAAAAAGAAUGAAUAUAUAAAAGUUUCUUUGUGAAUAA